GGGGGCAGCAGAGGCCUGACCCCGCCCGCCCGCCGUCCGACUGCGCCUGCGCGGAGCCCGCGGCGGCGGGGGACGGGAAGUGGGCGGGGUCGGCCAGGAGCGGCUCGCGGGGUCCGGAGUGGCGGAGUAGCAGAGUGAAGAUCACCUGGAACCCCGGCAGAGCCCCCCCGGGAUGCUGUGGACAUGGCCUCUGGAGACCCACAGCAGAGCAGCCAAAUGGCAGAGGAGAUCCCGGGCUUCCUGGAUGCCUUCCUCCAUGACUUCCCAGCCCCACUGAGCCCAGAGAGCCCUUUGCCAUGGAAGGUCCCAGGAACAGUGCUGAGUCAGGAGGAGGUGGAGGGUGAGCUGGCCGAGCUGGCGAUGGGCUUCCUGAGCAGCAGGAAUGCUCCCCCACCACUUGCUUCAUGUCUGGCCCACGAAGCGGUUUCCCAGCUGCUGCAGAUGGACCUUUCUGAAUUCAGGAAAUUGCCCAGACAGGAGGAGGAGGAGGAGGAGGAGGAGGAAGAUGACAACGAGGAAGAGAAGGCCCCUGUGACCCUGCUGGAUGCCAAGGGCCUGGCGCGAAGUUUCUUUAACCAGCUCUGGGAAGUAUGCAGCCAGUGGCAGAAGCAGGUGCCCUCGAGUGCCCGGGUUCCUCAGCGGCAGUGGCUGGUCUCCAUCCAUGCCAUCCGGAAUACUCGCCGCAAAAUGGAGGACCGGCACGUGUGCCUUCCUGCCUUCAACCAGCUCUUUGGCCUGUCUGACCCCGUGGACCGAGCCUACUUUGCUGUGUUUGAUGGCCAUGGAGGGGUGGACGCUGCAAGGUAUGCUGCUGUACAUGUGCACGCCAACGUGGCCCACCGGCCGGAGCUGCCCACAGACCCCGCGGGAGCCCUCAGAGAAGCCUUCCGGCACACAGAUGAGAUGUUCCUCUGGAAAGCCAAGCGAGAGCGGCUGCAGAGUGGCACCACGGGUGUGUGCGCUUUCAUUGCGGGAAAGACCCUGCAUGUUGCCUGGCUCGGGGACUCCCAGGUCAUCCUGGUGCAACAGGGACAGGUGGUGAAGCUGAUGGAGCCGCACAGACCUGAGCGACAGGAUGAGAAGGAGCGUAUUGAAGCGCUGGGCGGCUUUGUGUCUCACAUGGACUGCUGGAGAGUCAACGGGACCCUGGCUGUGUCUAGAGCCAUUGGGGAUGUCUUUCAGAAGCCCUACGUGUCAGGAGAGGCCGACUCAGCCUCCCGGGAGCUGACAGGCUCUGAGGACUACCUGCUGCUGGCCUGUGAUGGCUUCUUCGAUGUCGUCCCCCACCAGGAGGUCGCGGGCCUCGUCCAGAGCCACUUGGUCAGGGAGCAGGGCAGCGGGCUGCAGGUUGCUGAGGAGCUGGUGGCUGCAGCCCGGGAGCGGGGCUCCCACGAUAACAUCACAGUCAUGGUGGUCUUCCUCAGGGACCCCCAAGACCUGCUGAAGGGCAGGGCCCAGGGGGUAGGAGACGUGCCCACUGGCCUCGCAGAGCCAGGGACCGAUGCUCCACAGAGACGCUAGGAGGUGCAGGCUCCCUGCCCCUACCCCGUAACCCUCCCCCUCAGAUGCCUUAGGACCCGACAGGUGAUGGUGGACAGUGGGUGCCACCCUCACAGUGCUUUCCCAGGGCCCCAAGUCUCCCGUGCUGCUUGCAUUGGCCCAUCCUGGUGGCUGUGGAACUGGACUGGGUCGUGGGGGAUGUGCCCUGCUCGGACAGGCAGUGGGAUGGCCUUGUUCUCUGAAGGAGGCCUAGGGAAGAGACCUCACCAAAGAAAAGACGACCCAAGAAGUGGAGCAGCUCUUGCUCCCAGCCCCAUCAGGUAGGGGGCUCAGGUGGGGACCACAGCCAGACCAAAGAUGCUGGGCAUGUGCAUGGGGCAGCAGGAUGCUGCAUGAGCCCCCAGGCAGACCCAGGAGCCACGGACAUUUCCAAGUGCAACCUGGGUGUCCAGCACAGGUUUCUCACUUGCUCCUCACUGGCCGCCACUGGGAGGCUCGUCUCCGCUGACGCACCUGGCCUCCCGAGCCAGCUUCCCAAAUUGGGGAGAACAGAGCACCAGGGACCUGGUCUGCAGUGAAUGCUCACAGCCCCCAGCCUCCCUGGUUCCCUCCCGUCCCGCACACACCCAGUGAGAGGAAGGUCAGAAUGACAACGAGGUGUGUGUCUUCAGUUUGUGGUCUUUUUUUUUUUUUUUCCAGGACAGUCGAACUCAGAAGCAGUAUUUCAGGUUUUUGUCUUUGUUUUGUCAGUGCCAAGGUGACCUGUUGUGUCAUGUAACUUAAGCAGAGCUUAGCAUUUAUUUUAUUCUUGGAAACCUUAAGUAUUGAUUUUUUUUUUUUUUUUGGAAGAAACUUCUUUUGCAGUAUUACUGAAUUUUUUUUCCUAAAUCAGGAUUGAAGCAAACACUUUUCCAGGUGGUGUUAAUAAGCCAUUCAAGUGCCUUAAACAGCUUUAGGUGAGGCUAGAACCGCCGGGCCUGGGAUGGAUUCUACUAGGCAUGUUUAAGUUUUUACAAGAGCAGGAUUUAUUUUGUUAUAGUGGCAUGAUUUCAGCUAGAAUUCUUCCCACUCCACUUCCUUUCUGCCCCUUUGUGAUGCGAUUUGCUGCUGACAGUCAGCAAAGCAGCUGAAAGAGCAUGAGCUAUGCUGCACAGCCUGGGCCAGACCUAGGGGCUCUGGGAGUUCAGGGUGACCAUGGCACCUCCCCCAGCCUCCCUAUGCACCUCAGUCCUGCUGCCCAUGUCUCUGGCUGGUCCCCAGGCUGAGGAACUGAGCUCCAUGAGCAGGCUUCUCAUUUGACUGGAAUGUCCUAGAACGUCUCGUGUUGGUAAUCGAAUUGGUUUCCUUGGGAAACACACUUACGAGGCCUUGGCAAGUCUGGAGGCAGCCUGGGGGGUUCUGGCUCUGUUUGGAGUCUGUCCAUCCACCUGCCCCACAGCUCCCCAAACCCCUCCUCCUGUUUCUUGCCCACCAUGGCGGCACCCUCUGUUACCUUGCUUUGCCCACAGCCUGACCACCUGGGGGAGAGCUCUACGUUCCCUAGCAUGCCCUGGGCAGGUGAGGCUCAGAAGCCACGAAGCUUGGGUGACUCAGGCUACUCACAUCCAGUGAGGCAGAUAUAGCAUGUGUGUUGAGCUAUAAGUGGCAGGGCUGGGUGAAGAGUCUGGCAGAGAGGGGUCUCUGUGGGAGGACCCAGGCCUACAGGUCUGGGAAGAGCGGUGGGUGGCUUUGGAGGCUCGUGGAGAAUGUCACUGGGAGGUGGGCAGCAGGAGGAAGCUUGGCACUGUGUCCCCCAGGCCAGAAUCCACCUGCAGUAGCAAGGCUCCAGGAAGGUGGGAGCUGGGAGAGCCUUGGCGGCACUCAUCAGCCCGGGGAAGGGCAGACUUGGUAAGAGCCACCCCACUGAGGCCCGAGGGCUGUGCAGCAGGGAGGGUGGGAGCCAGCUCUGGGCAGGCAGGGGGGCAAUGGGGGAUGCCGCCCACAGGCUCAGCACUCACCCCUACUCUCACCGCAGGGAUGAAGAAGCCAAGAUGAUGUGGUCAGUGCCAUGCUCAAGGGCUCGUGACAGAAAAAGUAUCUUAAAUGUGGUCACCGCAGUUCAGAGAAGGUUUGGUGGGAGCCAACAAUGACCUGGUAUUGCCGCACUUAAUCUGAAGGCCCUGCUGCCUUCUGGGGGCCAGAAGCCCCCUCUUUGGCCCUUCCCAGCGCAGGGCCGGCAAGAGGUGGCAUGUGGCCCCUACCAGCCUGGCUGCCCCUGAGCAUGACCUUAACAGAGGAAAGAGGUGUGGGCUUGUUUUUCUCAUUUCUUUGCUAAUCUUAUUCUGGGAUUGCCAUCAAGAGUGGGGUUUCACCUUUGGAGUCUGGACUCCCCACGUGGUGGUCUGAUUCCUGCCCAGACUCAAGGCUCCACCAGGAGAUCUCUCCAGGCUUGUCCCAGUGCCCACCCCUCUCGUCUGUGAGAGGCCCUUGCCAUCUGGUGCUGCUCAGCCUUGCCUUGAGGCGGAGGGAGCCCUUGUUCCCACUGCGCAGAUGCUGGCUUUGUGCAAGCACCUAGGCAUAGAGGUCUCUUCCCUCUUGACCAGGGAGGACUGGGAGCCACUGGGCAUCUUCAGCCUCUGAAAGUCCUAGCCCACCUCCUUGUCAGGCCACAGUCCCAAGAAGGCCUCUAGCCAGGACCCCAACUCUAGAAGCCUCAGUCCCCUUCUCAAAUCCCCACUUUGCCACUAGCUCAUUAUAUGAGCUGAGCAAGUCGUUGAACCUCCUUGGGCCCCCUUUUCUCCUUUAUAGGACACAGGGUUGCACGGAAUCUGUGCAGCAGAUCUUGGAAUUUUGGAGGUUCGGGGCCCAUCGAGGGCAAGCCUGGCACAUCCUGGAGAGCUGCUACCAGUGCUAAGGGAACCCUCCCCCUCUGCUAGUGGGAGGGGUGGUUAAGUAUCAUUAGUGUCUAUUCUUACAAUUAAGUGGGUUGGAAAGGAAUGGAGCUACAGUUGCUAGCCGUAUAUGGAACACAGAAGCUGGAGAGAGGGAGCCCUGCUUUUACAGGUAGAGCUGAUCCCAAGCCAGCAGGAGGAGGAGAGGCAGACAGACUCAGCUGCCUCCCUCUGCAGGUGUGAGGCUGAAGGGCAGGGCACAGCCAGCGUCUCCCUUGCCUUUUAGUCAAGCUCCCAACCUGCUGAAAUCCAGAGGCAGAUGCAUGGCCUCCCUGACCCAGCUUGUCCUCAGCAUCCAGGACUAGGAAAGGGGUGUGCUUUACUGGGGACAGUGAUGGGGGCAGGCCUCACUGGGGAAGCACAGGCCCUCUGAGGUCCUGAGCCAGCCUUUGGCCACAGUCCUAUCUCCCCCUACCCUUUGAAACCAGCAUGUGGCCCUCGUCCCUACCCCUAUAAUGCCAGUUCUGAGUUCCGGCUUGGGUGUCUGGCCACUUCAGCAGUAGUCCCAGGGCUUGGGUCACAGCUCUGGCAGUUCCUAGGCCUGGCCCCGACAAGAGCCAAAUGGGCACCUUAAGGGCCUGUGCAAAAUAAGCUGUUUUUGGUUUAAUUCUGCCUGUAGCCCAAAGGAGGCAGCCCCAGGAGGCCCACGCUUUUCGCCGAGGCUCCACAGCUUUGCCAAAUGCGCCGAGCUUUGCCAUUCACAUGCCAUGCCAGCCUUGCCAAGGGUUUAUUUGUGCACGUCUCAGCAGGGCUCCUGGGAGAGGUGUUCUCUGCAAGGUGCAUCUUGUUCCAAGAUGGGACUACUAUUUCCCCUGUGUGCAGGGGCAAGUCCCAGGAGAAGAGGGCCAGAAACACAGUCUCUUCCCAGGGGUCACUGUGCUCAAGUGUCAAUAAACCACGAGUUUUGAAACCCUG